AUGGCGACCAAGGAAAAGGUUUUGCUUGCUUACUCCGGGGGCCUGGACACCAGCUGCAUUCUGGCAUGGCUCAUUGAGCAGGGCCAUGAGGUCGUCUGCUUCCUCGCCGAUGUAGGCCAAGCCGAGGACUUCAAAGAAGCUGAGUGCAAAGCAUUAGCCAUUGGCGCGAAGAAAAUGGUAGUGGAGGACCUCAAGCGUGAGUUCGUCGACGACCUGUGCUUCCGCGCCAUUCAGUGCAAUGCUAUUUGGGAAGAUAGAUAUCUUCUUGGAACGAGUCUUGCUCGCCCCGUUAUUGCUAGAGCUAUGAUGCGUGUUGCAAAGAAGGAGAGCUGCACAGCUGUCAGCCAUGGUUGCACGGGGAAAGGCAACGAUCAAGUCAGAUUUGAGCUUGCAUACUAUGCCAUCCAGCCAUCUAUCAACGUCAUCGCCCCAUGGCGUCUUCCGGAGUUUUACAAUCGCUUCGCUGGCCGCAAUGAUCUUCUUGAUUACGCUUCCAAACACAAUAUUCCAGUUACAUCUACAAAGGCAAAGCCAUGGUCUAUGGAUGAGAACCUGGCCCAUUGCUCCUACGAAGCUGGUAUUCUAGAAGAAGCAGAUGUGACUCCACCAGAUGAUAUGUGGAAACUCACUGACGACCCACGAAAUGCUCCAAACACUCCCGAAGAUGCCACAAUCUUCUUCGAAAAAGGGUUGCCUGUUGGUGUGGUUCUAGGAUCUGAUCCAAAGGCCGGAAAUAAGAUUACCGAUUCCUUAGAGUUGUUCACUACUCUCAACGAGCUAGGUCGUAAACAUGGAAUUGGUCGUAUUGAUAUCGUGGAAAACCGAUACAUUGGUCUCAAAUCUCGCGGAUGCUAUGACUCACCUGCCAUGACAAUCCUCCGUCUUGCGCAUCUUGAUCUCGAAGGUCUUGUCCUCGACCGCGAAGUUCGCCUCCUCCGUGAUCAAUUCGUCACCAUCACUUGGUCCAAGAUUCUCUAUAACGGUUUGUAUUUCUCUCCUGAGCGAAAGUUCAUCGAGAAGAGUAUCCUCGCCAGCCAGGACGACGUCAACGGCCAAGUCCGACUUCGUUGUUAUAAGGGCUCCGUCAGUGUACUAGGUCGAAGCUCUGAAACCAGCAAACUAUACAGUCCCGAACAAAGCAGUAUGGACAGUCUGGAAGAUUUCCAGCCCACCGAUACUACCGGUUUCAUCGCGACCCAGGCAAUUCGUUUGAAGGCCUAUGGCCAGGCCGAAGCCACUGCAGGCAUUGACCUUUGCAAAUCUUAA